AAUCAUUGUCAUUGAUUUCAUCAUUUCACCAAUUUCAUCAUUUGACCCUCUAUUGAUCCAGUGAUUCCAACCACUCUCACUUGUGUGCCACGAAAUUUUAGAUUGACUAUUGAUUUUUAGACUUUUCUUUUUCUUUGUGUGCCUCCAAAUUUUGAAAUCGUUAAUUGUGUGCUGCAACAAAUCAUUACUCUAAUCUUUUUUUUACACAGAUUUGCAGCUUAAUCAUCAAAUGCCAUCAAUCGUUGAUGCUGCUGGUUUCUCAUCUGAAUCCCCAACAACAACAACAACAGCAGCAGAAUCAUCAGAAUUCAAUUGGUCAAUUCAAUCAUAGUAAUCAUCCAGUGCUUGGGAAUGCAAAAAAACGGGGAAAAAGGGCCCAGCCGGGAUUUGAAAUCGUUGUGUGCUGCAGCAAAAAAGGUUGAAAAUCAUUGCUCUAAUCUUUUUUUUACACAGAUUUGGAGCUUAAUCUUCCAAAAUAGGGCCCAGCCGGGAUUUGAACCCGGGACCUCUUGCACCCAAAGCAAGAAUCAUACCCCUAGACCACUAGGCCAUUUUUAUCCCCCCGGGACCGGAAUCGAGACCGGAACCGGGUCCGAGGGCAUCCAAAUUCAACCAAUUCAAACCAGUAGGAAGGAUUGAUAGCGUGAAUGUCUCAAGAAAUGGCAUCGAAUAAUAAGAAUGUGAUCAUUAUUGUGUUGCCAUCAAUAGUUGCCAUUCUUCUUUACUAUACAAUACGUAUCCAUCAAAUGCAAUAUGAACAACAGACAUCCAUAAAGAUGAUAAUCGAUUCGUUAGAUCGACGACCAAAUGUUGAUGAUAAUGUUGAUCAAACACAUAGACCAUUGGCAUGGAUUUAUGGUGAAAAUAUGCAAGUCGGAUAUCUUCAUCAUGUAAUCGAUCUGUUUCAAAAGGUUGGAUUUCGUGUGUGGACACGACGAGAACCACCACCGAUUGAUCGUUAUGGUGAUUGGCAUGUAUUAUGGGCACAUGAAUAUCCAUUUACAGCCAGUUAUAAUUUGCCGGAGUUGAAACCAUUUCAAAAAGUGAAUCAUUUUCCCGGCUCAGGUUUCAUAACAAAUAAAGUUAAUCUAGCCACAAGUGACCUGAAACAUAUACCAAAAGCAUUUACAUUGCCACGUGAAAAAGAUGUAUUCGUUAAUUAUACACGUGAAAAUCCGGAUAAACUCUGGGUUCAAAAAGAUAAUAGUCAUCGUGGAAUACGUGUAUUAUCCAUCGAUAAAUUGGAUCUAGAUAAAAAAGGAACAUUCGUACAGGAAUUCAUUCAGAAUCCACUGUUGAUCGAUGGAAAAAAAUUCGACAUUGGUCUUUAUGUGACCAUGACAUCAUUGAAUCCAUUACGUGUAUACAUUUAUGAUAGCGAAGCAUUACUUCGAUUUUGUGCACGUCCAUACACCAGCAGCGCUGGAUCAUUUAAUGCAUCCGACAUAGAUUCCUAUGUUGUUGGUGAUCAAUAUACACCAAUCUGGCAGAUACCAUCAUUAGCUCGUUAUUACACAGAUCUUAAUAUGAACAUGAAAGCUUCAUUGAAUGCAUACAUCCGAUUAGAACUGGACCGUGAUCCACAACCAAUUUGGACGGCCAUAGAAGAAUCGAUUAAAACAAUAUUCUAUGUAAAAGAAGAAGAAAUGUUACGUUUAGCCAAUGUAUAUCAGAAUAUGCGAAAUUUCUUCGAAUUAGUUCGUUUCGAUUUUACUAUCGAUAAUGAUCUGAAUGUUUACUUGAUGGAAGCAAAUAUGUCACCAAAUUUAGCAUCAGCAAAAUAUCCACCAAAUCGUUUUAUUUAUGAACAAGUCAUAUAUAGUUGUAUGUCAUUGGUGGGUAUAACAAGAAUUCCUACCACAUAUGGUACAUGGUCCAAUAAACCUGCACAGCUAUGGAAUAUGUAUGUUCAUGAUAAAGAUCUUGCCAUUCUACCUGAUAUAUGUUCGGAUAACCAAUGUGAUCCACAUAAUUCAACAUCUUGCCACCAUGAACAUUGUGAUGUUUGUUAUCAUUGCCUUUCGGAUGAUAUUCGUAUAAUAUUGAAAGAUGCCUAUAUGGAACAAAUGUCACGUUAUCAUAAUCGUCGUUUAAUACCAUCAACAUCGAAAGAAUCACCAAUCGCCAUGUUAGGUCCAAACACCUAUAUACAGGAUAAAUGGUUUAUUGGUAAAUGUCUUUCACAUGAUCAAUGGUGCAAUUGAAAAUCAAACAAUAAAUGCAUCGAUCUCAUCCAAAUGAUAAUCCAAAUUUUAUAAACUUUUACAAACAGUUUAUGUUUUUCUACUGUUGUUCCAUCUGGAUCAUCAAAUCUAGAUCCAUUAAUUGUAUGAAUUAAAAAAAAAUCAUCCAUCACUUGGUCA